AACAUACUCAACAUCCCCUGCAGGUCACUCCGGACAUCCAACAAACAACACGACAUCAUACCCAAACCCAGACGCGUCUCUGUUUCUAUUCUGUCUGAUAUUCUCCGUCAUACUUAUCGCCAUGCGAAGGAAACAUCUUUGCGACUCCAAUACCCGCGUGACGGCGUCCCUUCUCCUCGGAUUCCUCGCUGUAUCCUCCGCGUCACAGAUCCCCAUUCUACCGCCACCUCCGAUAUCACCAGACUCUCCCCCUCAGGCACAGGUCCACGAAUUCUCGCUCAAACACAUAUUCCAUCAUGGCACAUAUCUUCACCCCGACCUUCAUCGUCGCCUCGACGUUCCAGAAAAUGCAGCGGUAUGGAUGGCGGAAGAUGCACAUUCCUCGGAUCGGGAGCGCGUACCGCCACUGCGCAUCAGGUCGGAGCCGAUGAACAUUCAGCGACUAGUAGACAGGAGCAAAGAGACCAUAGAUGGCAUACUGGAAUGGGGAAGAUCCAAAGGCAGAUCGGUACAAUUGGCUGAGGAUGCAUGGACGACGGAUGAGAUACCUGGACCCAACGUCACCGACAAGGAGACUGUUCUGACUUUUGCACGUAUGGCUGCGAAUGCAUACAUCAUGGAGCCUGGAACAGGAGAGUGGCAGGAUGUGAAGGGAGGAUUCAACUACACAGAAGACUUUGGAUGGGAGUCAGAUGGGCUUCGGGGUCAUGUCUUCGCGGAUACGACGAACCGGACUGUUGUUAUUGGUCUUAAGGGAACAUCUCCUGCUGUGUUCGAUGGGUCGGAAACAACAACGAACGACAAGAUCAACGACAAUCUGUUCUUCAGCUGCUGCUGUGGCCAGGGAGGACAGUACCUGUGGCGACAAGUAUGCGAUUGCCAAACAUCCGCCUACACCUGCAACUCAACCUGCCUGGUCACCGCGUUGAACAAGAAGAAUCGGUACUAUUACGCUGCGCGGGAUCUCUACCACAAUGUCACCGAAUUAUACCCUGAUGCCGAAGUCUGGAUGGCCGGUCACUCUCUCGGCGGCGCUGUAUCCUCGUUCCUCGGCCUUACUUACGGACAUCCGGCCCUUACAUUCGAGGCCGUACCAGAGGCCAUGCCCGCGUCACGUCUCGGUCUACCGACGCCCCCAGGCCACCAGAUUGGUGCUUUUCAACAACGCAAAGAUACCGGGGGCUUCCACUUCGGACACACCGCCGAUCCUGUUUAUAUGGGACAAUGCAACACAGCAAGCAGCAGUUGCACCUUUGGUGGCUAUGCCAUGCAAAGCGUAUGCCAUACAGGCUUCAAGUGUGCAUACGACACGGUUGGAGACCUCGGAUGGCGCGUGGGUAUUGGUACCCACAAGAUUAUCAGCGUCAUCAAGGACGUUCUCGAAGCGUACGAUGAAGUCGCCAAAUGCGAACAGUACGUCAACUGUACAGACUGCUUCCCAUGGGAAUUCUUCGAAAGCAACGGCACUGAACCAACAACCUCAAAGCCCUCCCACACCGCGCCAACAACAAGCUCAUCUUUCUCCCGUACUCGCACGGAAACCUGCAAGACUCCAGGUUGGUGGGGAUGUCUCGACGAAUCGACCACGACGUCGCACCACAAAACGACCACGACCACGACCACAACGUCUUCAUCCACGACAACAACUUGCAAGACACCAGGCUGGUUCGGCUGCAAAGACGAAAUCACAACCACAACCACAUCAUCGUCAACCAAACACACCCACGCCUCUCUCACCCCAACCCAAACCCAAGCAUCCUCCUCUCCGGCACCCACGACAUCCUGCAAGACACCAGGAUGGUUCGGCUGCAACGACCCCCUCCCCACAACCACCACCACCACCAAGAAAAAGGCAAAGCGAUCGUCAUCACCCUGGACAUCAGACGACUCUGCAACCACGACGUGCACAGAAGAUUUCUUCGGCCUGUUCUGUCUUGACAACAGAGCGCACACGGGAUCGAGCCAAACAACAGACGCGCCAAGCAUCACGACUACAAGAGGCGUGUAGAUGGCUGCUGUUCGAAGUUGCAUUAGACUGGCAUAUACUUUUUUACGUCAUGUUCAUUGUCUGCAUCACUUUCUUGCAUUGUCACGAAGACUGUUUUGUUAUUUUCUUUUGUUGGGAGAUUGGGACAAUCGAAGCAUACUAGGGUCAUUUUGGAGUUUGAGGGAUGGGUCGCGUUAUCUUUGGCGUUUUGGUAGUUAAGGAGCCAGCGAGUGGUUCAGUGCUGGUGUACAUACGAACAUAGCAGCCGUUCGCGGUCAUAGCAUAUAAACAUAUUCGAGACGCCAUCAUAGCAUUUAAUACACAAUCCUAUCUAGUAAACCGA